UUUCCCUAACCCCUCCCUCGCGCGUGCACGCACGCCGCCGCCGCCUACGCCGACGCUGCAAGCCUUCCUCACCUCCAUUGGGUUCUUGCGAGAAGAUUGCCGAGAAGAAAAUGGUAAGACGCGACGACGCCGGGAAGAACUCAACUGCUUUCUUGUCGAUGCACUGAUUUAUGCCUUUCAAAGCUUUCAUGGAAGAAAGCAUGUACGUUCUUCAUGGCUUUUCUAUGCAAAAUUUGGAAGGCAUGUUCAUAGGUGCUGUAAAAUGGAAAGGAGUCAUCUCCGGCCAUCGAAUCGCGGUAGCAACGCGGCCACAAAGCGAUUUGUACUCCCAGUCCGUCCCCUCCCCCCUGUAUAAAGCUAGCCUCAAACAUGUUUCUGUCACAGUUCAUCGUCACAAUACUUCUGCUUCUUUUCAUUCUCCAAAGAUUGUUAGCAAAGGCUGUCAUUGCUACUUUUAGCUAUGAAUUUCUCUCAGGCUUUCAAUCUGCCAAACGGAGCCAUUGUUGAUGUUGCAGCUGUUGUGGUUAAUGUUGGUCCAGUAGAUCACCACGCAGCCUUUCCCUAUACUAGAGAGCUGGCUCUAAUGGACUCCAACUUUCAAGUUGGCUUCAUGCGUGUGUUCAACCAAGUCACGGACUUUUACGAGUCCCAGCUAAUGUCAAGUGAGAUGCGUCGAGGGAUAAUUGUUGCCACAUCACUGGAGGUGGAUAAAGUUUGGAAUUGUUUAUCCACAACCAACGCUACGAGUAUGUUGUUUUUAAAUAAUCCUGACUAUCGGCGCUAUGCAUCAAUGGAAGAAAUGAGAAGAUCCUUGGUCAAGGAACCAGCCCUACAUGAUACGAUUAAGUUUAGUGUCAUUUGCAGGAGGACUGAUGUAUUGAAAAUGGAAGAACAAAACAACAAUAAUAUGCAACCAGAAAAACUAAUCAUACCGGAAAUAAUUGAAGAGGAGGAUGUGGCGAUUGUACUCCCAAAAAUACCGGAUAUAAUUGAAGAGAAGGAUGUGGCGAUUGUACUCCCAAAAAAGAAGCGAACAAGAAACAACGGAUUCACAGUCCCUGCUGGGGUAGAAGUCAUUGAUAUACCCUCCUCCCCUUAGGCAUAAUAGUUGUAGGAGAAUUGGUGCACUACUGAUUAAUCUUACAUCCAUGCUGCUAAAAUUUAGGAUAAAUAAUAAUAAUGUGCGCCACUCUUAGAGUAUGGAAUUUGCUUUAUCUAUAUCUAUACUAAUAUAAGGAGGAGUUCGAAUUUCCAUUUUGUUCAAUGUGUAUUACUUAUUCCUGUUGUGUGAGAGAAAUGAAGCAGUAGUUAUUCCUGUUGCCCCAUACAAUCUAGCCGGUGUGUAUGUAUUUGUUAUUUUUCGUGUUCCAUGGUACUUAUGGUAUGUUCUGUUGCCCCAUACAUCUGAAGCUUUAAAGAUUUGU